CAAUGAGAUAUGUUGUCAUCUUCCCUAUUUUAUGGAUGAAGCUCUAAGUAGAGGUUCGGAGAAGGUCUUUCAAAAAUGUGAAAACUGGCAAUUGGGCGAUGUUCACAGUGUCCCGUAUACUGCCUGGGGCGCCUGUCAUGCAGCAGCUGCAGCAGCUACCGUCAUUGCCGCCAUCAUGUCAGACACCGACAGCGAGGAAGAUUCAGCUGGAGGCGGCCCAUUUUCUUUAGCGGGUAUCCUUUUCGGCAACAUCAAUGGAGCGGGGCAGCUGGAGGGGGAAAGCGUCUUGGAUGAUGCGUGUAAGAAGCACUUGGCAGGCUUGGGGGCUUUGGGGCUGGGCAGCCUGAUCACUGAACUCACGGCAAAUGAAGAAUUGACCCGGACUGGCGGUGCCUUGGUAAAUGAUGAAGGGUGGAUUAGGAUUACAGAAGAUGCUGUGGACUAUUCAGACAUCAAUGAGGUGGCAGAAGAUGAAAGCCGAAGACACCAGCAGACGAUGGGGAGCUUGCAGCCGCUUUGCCACUCAGAUUAUGAUGAAGAUGACUAUGAUGCUGAUUGUGAAGACAUUGAUUGCAAGUUGAUGCCUCCUCCACCUCCACCCCCGGGACCAAUGAAGAAGGAUAAGGACCAAGAUGCUAUUACCUGUGUGUCUGAAAAUAGAGAAGGCAUCAUCUUGCCCUCCAUCAUUGCCCCUUCCUUUCUGGCCUCAGAGAAAGUGGAAUUCAGUAGUUACUCUGAUUCAGAAUCUGAGAUGGGACCUCAGGAAGCAACACAGGCAGAAUCUGAGGAUGGAAAGCUGACCCUUCCAUUGGCUGGGAUUACGCAGCAUGAUGCCACCAAGCUGUUGCCAAGUGUCACAGAACUUUUUCCAGAAUUUCGACCUGGAAAGGUGUUACGCUUCCUACAUCUUUUUGGACCAGGGAAGAAUGUCCCUUCUGUUUGGCGGAGUGCUCGGAGAAAGAGGAAGAAGCAUCGUGAGCUGAUACAGGAAGAGCAGAUCCAGGAGCUGGAAUGCUCGGUAGAAUCAGAAGUCAGCCAGAAGUCUUUGUGGAACUAUGACUACGCUCCACCACCACCUCCAGAGCAGUGUCUCUCUGAUGAUGAAAUCACGAUGAUGGUUUCUGCGAAGUCCAAAUUUUCCCAAUCAACUGGAGAUGUAGAUAAAGUGACAGAUACCAAACCAAGAGUGGCUGAGUGGCGUUAUGGGCCUGCCCGACUGUGGUAUGAUAUGCUGGGUGUCUCCGAAGAUGGCAGUGGGUUUGACUAUGGCUUCAAACUGAGAAAGACACAACAUGAACCUGUGAUAAAAUCUAGAAUGACAGAGGAAUUUAGGAAACUUGAAGAAAGCAAUGGCACUGAUCUUCUGGCUGACGAAAACUUCCUGAUGGUGACCCAGCUGCAUUGGGAGGAUUCUAUCAUCUGGGAUGGGGAGGAUGUCAAACACAAAGGGACAAAACCUCAGCAUGCAAGCCUGGCAGGCUGGCUUCCUUCUAGCAUGACUAGGAAUGCAGUGGCUUACAAUGUUCAGCAAGGUUUUGCAGCUACUCUGGAUGAUGACAAACCUUGGUACUCCAUUUUUCCCAUUGACAAUGAGGAUCUGGUGUAUGGACGCUGGGAGGACAACAUCAUUUGGGAUGCUCAGGCCAUGCCCCGGCUGUUGGAACCUCCUGUUUUGGCACUUGAUCCCAAUGAUGAGAACCUCAUUUUGGAAAUUCCUGAUGAGAAGAAAGAGGCUACCUCUAACUCCCCCUCCAAGGAGAGUAAGAAGGAAUCAUCUCUGAAGAAGAGUCGAAUUCUCUUGAGCAAAACAGGUGUCAUCAGGGAGGAACCACAGCAGAACAUGUCUCAGCCAGAAGUGAAAGAUCCAUGGAAUCUCUCCAAUGAUGAGUAUUAUUUCCCCAACCAACAGCGUCUUCGAGGCACCUUUGGAGGGAAUAUUAUCCAGCAUUCGAUUCCUGCUGUGGAAUUAUGGCAGCCCUUCUUUCCCACCCACAUGGGGCCCAUCAAAAUCCGGCAGUUCCAUCGGCCACCUCUGAAAAAGUACUCAUUUGGUGCACUCUCUCAGCCAGGUCCCCAUUCAGUCAAACCUUUGCUAAAGCACAUUAAAAAAAAGGCCAAGAUGAGAGAGCAAGAGAGGCAAGCCUCAGGUGGUGGAGAGUUAUUUUUUAUGCGCACACCUCAGGAUCUCACAGGCAAAGAUGGAGAUCUUAUUCUUGCAGAAUAUAGUGAGGAAAAUGCACCCUUAAUGAUGCAGAUUGGCAUGGCAACCAAGAUAAAUAACUAUUACAAACGGAAACCUGGAAAAGAUCCUGGAGCACCAGAUUGUAAAUAUGGGGAAACUGUUUACUGCCAUACAUCUCCUUUCUUGGGCUCUCUCCAUCCUGGCCAAUUACUGCAGGCAUUUGAGAACAACCUUUUUCGUGCUCCGAUUUAUCUUCAUAAGAUGCCAGAAACUGAUUUCCUGAUCAUUCGGACAAGACAGGGUUACUAUAUUCGGGAAUUAGUGGAUAUUUUUGUGGUUGGCCAGCAGUGUCCCUUGUUUGAAGUUCCUGGGCCUAACUCCAGAAGGGCCAAUAUGCAUAUUCGAGACUUUCUACAGGUUUUCAUUUACCGCCUUUUCUGGAAGAGUAAAGAUCGGCCACGGAGGAUACGAAUGGAAGAUAUAAAAAAAGCCUUUCCUUCCCAUUCAGAAAGCAGCAUCCGGAAGAGGCUAAAGCUCUGUGCUGACUUCAAACGCAAAGGGAUGGAUGCAAACUGGUGGGUGCUUAAGUCUGAUUUUCGUUUACCAACUGAAGAAGAGAUAAGAGCUAAGGUGUCACCAGAGCAGUGCUGUGCUUAUUAUAGCAUGAUAGCUGCAGAGCAACGACUGAAGGAUGCUGGCUAUGGUGAGAAAUCCUUUUUUGCCCCAGAAGAAGAAAAAGAGGAAGAUUUCCAGAUGAAGAUUGAUGAAGUUCACACUGCUCCUUGGAACACCACAAGGGCCUUCAUUGCUGCCAUGAAGGGCAAGUGUCUCCUAGAGUUGACUGGGGUGGCAGAUCCCACAGGGUGUGGUGAAGGAUUCUCCUAUGUGAAGAUUCCAAAUAAACCAACACAGCAGAAGGAUGAUAAAGAGCCGCAGGCAGUGAAGAAGACAGUGACAGGAACAGAUGCAGACCUUCGUCGCCUUUCCCUGAAAAAUGCCAAGCAACUUCUACGUAAAUUUGGUGUGCCUGAGGAAGAGAUUAAAAAGCUGUCCCGCUGGGAAGUGAUUGAUGUGGUGCGCACAAUGUCAACAGAACAGGCUCGUUCUGGAGAGGGGCCUAUGAGUAAAUUUGCUCGUGGAUCAAGGUUUUCUGUGGCUGAGCAUCAAAAGCGUUACAAAGAGGAAUGUCAGCGCAUCUUUGACCUGCAGAACAAGGUUCUGUCAUCAACUGAAGUCUUAACAACUGACACAGACAGCAGCUCAGCUGAAGAUAGUGACAUUGAAGAAAUGAGAAAGAACAUUGAGAACAUGUUGCAGAACAAGAAAACCAGCUCUCAGCUGUCACGUGAAUGCGAGGAGCAGGAGCGGAAGGAACUACAGCGAAUGCUACUGGCAGCAGGCUCAGCAGCAUCAGGAAACAAUCACAGAGAUGAUAACACAGCUUCCAAGACUAGCCUUAACUCUUCUGCCACUGGACACUGUCUCAAGAUUUAUCGCACAUUUCGAGAUGAAGAGGGGAAAGAGUAUGUUCGCUGUGAGACAGUCCGAAAACCAGCUGUCAUUGAUGCCUAUGUGCACAUACGGACUACAAAAGAUGAGAAAUUCUUUCAAAAAUUUGCCCUUUUUGAUGAAAAACAUCGGGAAGAGAUGCGAAAAGAACGGCGGAGGAUUCAAGAGCAACUGAGGCGGCUUAAGCGGAACGAGGAAAAGGAGAAACUUAAGGGUCCUCCUGAGAAGAAGCCCAAGAAAAUGAAGGAGCGUCCUCACCUAAAACUGAAAUGUGGGGCAUGUGGUGCCAUUGGACACAUGAGGACUAACAAAUUCUGCCCCCUCUAUUAUCAAACAAAUGUGCCACCUUCCAAACCUGUUGCCAUGACAGAAGAGCAGGAGGAGGAGUUGGAAAAGAGAGUCAUUCGUAAUGAUAAUGAAGAACUUAUCAAGGUUGAAGGGACCAAAAUUGUCUUGGGGAAACAGCUAAUUGAGAAUGCGGAUGAGGUUCGCAGAAAAUCUCUGGUUCUCAGGUUUCCUAAACAGCAGCUUCCUCCAAAGAAGAAACGGCGAAUUGAAACCACUGUUCACUGUGACUAUUUGAAUACACCUCAUAAGUCCAUCCACCGACGCCGCACAGACCCUAUGGUGACGCUAUCAUCCAUCUUGGAGUCUAUCAUCAAUGACAUGAGAGAUCUUCCAAAUACAUACCCUUUCCACACUCCAGUCAAUGCAAAGGUUGUAAAGGACUACUACAAAAUCAUCACUCGGCCAAUGGACCUACAAACACUCCGUGAAAAUGUGCGUAAACGCCUCUACCCGUCUCGGGAAGAGUUCAGAGAGCAUCUGGAGCUAAUUGUGAAAAACAGUGCAACCUACAAUGGGCCAAAACACUCGUUGACUCAGAUCUCUCAAUCCAUGCUGGAUCUCUGUGAUGAAAAACUCAAAGAGAAAGAAGACAAAUUAGCUCGCUUAGAGAAAGCUAUCAACCCCUUGCUGGAUGAUGAUGACCAAGUGGCAUUUUCUUUCAUUCUGGACAACAUCGUCACUGAGAAAAUGAUGGCAGUUCCAGAUUCUUGGCCAUUUCAUCACCCAGUUAAUAAGAAGUUUGUUCCAGAUUAUUACAAAGUGAUUGUCAAUCCAGUGGAUUUAGAGACCAUACGUAAGAACAUCUCCAAGCACAAGUAUCAGAGUCGGAAGAGUUUUCUAGGUGAUGUAAACCUUAUUCUGGCCAACAGUGUUAAGUAUAAUGGACCUGACAGUCAGUAUACUAAGACUGCUCAGGAGAUUGUGAACGUCUGUUACCAGACAAUGACUGAGUAUGAUGAGCAUUUGACUCAACUUGAGAAGGAUAUUUGUACAGCUAAAGAAGCAGCUUUGGAGGAAGCAGAAUUAGAAAGCCUGGACCCAAUGACCCCAGGGCCCUACACACCUCAGCUUCCUGAUAUGUAUGAUACCAUCAUAUCCCUCAGUACGUCUCGAGAUGCCUCUGUAUUUCAAGAUGAGAGCAAUAUGUCUGUCUUGGAUAGUCCCACUGCCACGCCAGAAAAGCAGAUGUGCCAGGCCCCACAGUGGGGAGAUGGUGAUCUUGCAGAUGAAGAGGAAGGAACUGUACAACAACCUGAAGCCAGUGUCCUGUAUGAGGAUUUGCUUAUGUCUGAAGGAGAAGAUGAUGAGGAAGAUGCUGGGAGUGAUGAAGGAGACAAUCCUUUCUCUGCUAUCCAGCUGAGUGAAAGUGGAAGUGACUCUGAUGUGGGAUAUGGUGGAAUAAGACCCAAACAACCGAUGGGCAUGGAAAAUGAAGAAAGCAUGAUGGCCUAUGAGGGAGACGGUGGGGAGGCUUCCCAUGAUUUGGAGGAUAGCAACAUCAGUUAUGGGAGCUGUGAGGAGCCUGAUCCCAAGUUGAACACCCAAGACACAAUCUUCAGCAGCAUCGGAAAUUUCCAGCUGGGCGUGGUCACACCUGUAAUCUCAGCACUCUGGGAGGCCAAGGCGGGCGGAUCACCUGAGGUCAGAAGUUCGAGACCAGCUUGGCCAACAUGCCGAAACUUCAUCUCUACGGAACAUACAAAAAUUAGCCAGGCAUGGUGGUGCAUGCCUGUAAUCCCAGCUACUCGGGAGGCUGAGGCAGGAGAAUUGCUUGCACCCGGGAGGCAGAGGUUGCAGUGAGUGGAGACCACGCCACUGCACUCCAGCCUGGGCGAAAGAGUGAGACUCCAUCUCAAAAAAAAACAAGAAAAUUUCCAAGCAUGGUAUCAUCUCACUUUUCUAAUUUACAGGCUGAAACAGAUGCGAGCCCUCCUGCUGGGACAGAGAAUUGGGUUCUAGUGGACUCUGCUACACUUAAACCUGUGUGACAAACCGCCCAUUAUUUUAUUAUUUAUUUAAUUAUGCAAUGCCUAGUUCCUACACGGAUUUGAGGCAAAUUACCGUAAAUUUUGAAACAGCCUAUAUGUCAGAAAUGAUAAUGUUGCCAUCUAAAUGUUUUAUGUCCCUCCCCACCAGGAGAAAUGGUAGGAAAAUGGUAAGUUUCUUAGGGCAAAGACUGUGUCUUGUGUUUCUUUUCAUGCUUAGGAUAUGGUUCUGUGCAUAGUAGGUACUCAGCAAAUGUUCCUAGAAUCAUAAAACCCUCAACAGAUAUGUUACUGAGCAUCUCCUUUUCAUGAUGAGUACUCUAUCAGAUCCUUGGGAUGCAAAGGUAAAUAAGACAAAUCCCUUUUCCCCAAAGAGCUCACCAUCGAGUUGGGGGAGGAGAAGUGGAAUUCAAAACAUGUUAAUAAAUCAUUAUAGUACUGUGAGAUAAGUGCAAUUAAGAAGCUAGCUGUAAAGUAUAGGGGAAAUAGAGGAGUAAUCAUAUCUGAAAAGUCAAGGAAGUCUUCCUAGAGAUAAUUUUUAAGCUGAUUGUUUUAGAAUUAGUAGAAGUUUGCCAGAUGGAGAAGUCCAGUCAAAGUGUAACAUGAA